CCUCGCUUUACUACUUGAUUUAUUUAUAAACGAAAUGUUUAUAAUAAAUAAAUUACGAAAUAAAUCUAUUCGGGAAAUUGGAACUUUUAUUUUUAUGAGGUUUUGCACGUCGCGGCAAGUGAUUUUAGGAAUCGAGACUUCGUGCGACGACACUGGAUGUGCAUUGGUCGAUAGUACUGGUAAUCUUCUAGGGGAAGCUUUGCAUUCUCAACAUUUAGUGCACCUCAAUAAUGGUGGUAUCAUUCCACCAAUUGCUUGGAAUUUGCAUAGAAAAAAUAUAGAGAAAACAGUAAAUGUUGCUAUGGAAAAUGCAAAUUUAACAUUUGAUAAAGUAUCAGCAAUCGCUGUAACGGUGAAGCCGGGUUUGCCCAUGUCUCUAUCUGUGGGAACAAAAUAUGCAAAAUACUUAUGUAACAAAUACAAAAAACCAAUUAUACCAGUACAUCACAUGAAAGCACAUGCUCUAACCGCAAGAAUGUUCGAUAGGUCCCUGACAUUUCCCUUUUUAGUACUGCUGAUUAGUGGUGGUCAUUGCCUCUUAGCAAUCGCUCAGAGCAUAGAAGACUUUCUCCUACUUGGCGAAAGUAUCGACGAUGCCCCUGGUGAAGCAUUUGAUAAGAUGGCCCGUAGACUCAAACUCAAGAAUUUGCCUCAAUAUUCGACAUUAUCAGGGGGGGCAGCUAUCGAAAUUGCCGCGUCUAGAGCCGACGAUCCAUUGCAGUAUAAUUUCAAGGAGCCCAUGUCCCAGUACAAGGAUUGUAAUUUUAGCAUGGCAGGAAUUAAAACUCAGUUUGUAAGACAUGUUGAAAAAGAAGAAGCUGACUUGGAACUAGCUCCGGAUAGUAUCAUUCCUGGCGCAAACAACCUUUGUGCUGCAUUUCUGCUUGUAAUGACAAGGCACUUAUGCCACAGACUUCAAAGGGGCAUAGAAUACAUUUCUCGCAAAGGGCUAAUUCCUCCAGAAAACCAAACACUGGUUGUAUCUGGUGGCGCAGCUUGUAAUAAUUUCAUUAAUGAAGGAUUACGCAUUGUGUGUGAGGAGUUAGGAUACAAGUUACUCAGGCCCCCUCCGAAAUUGUGCACCGACAACGGGGUGAUGAUUGCCUGGAAUGGAGUUGAGAGGUGGAAUGCUAAAAUUGGAGUACUAGAUAAAUAUGAUGAUGUAGAUGUUGAAAGAAGUUCCCCAUUAGGACAGAGCCUUAUAGACGAUGUAAGAAAUGCCAGUAUAAGAUGCAAGUGGAUCAAACUUUCAAAAUUGUCACUUCCAAAAAGUCAGUGGUGAAAAGACAAAAGGAUUAUAAACAAUUUGUAUAUUGAUAAAUAGACUUCUAAAUUAAUGGUGGCCCUUGUUCUACCAUUGAAGCCUUAAUCCGCUCGUGCAUCUCUCCCACUUUAUCUUCUUCAUUUUCAAAGUCUG